GUCGUGAACGCGUACCGCAAACCUUAAAAUGGGAUGCGACAAUUCGAGUAUCCAUCUCCCCUCCACCGCUUUUUGCAGCUAAUUUCUGUAUUUUUGUAGUUACACAUUUUUUUUUCAUGGAUUUACUUGAUGUACCCGAUGAAUUAAGCAAAUUACGUCCGUUUGUUCAACGAUGGAGCGAAAUACACGAAUUUGAACCCGCCAUAGGAUACUGGUGUCUUUAUUGGUCUCUUUCACUAGUGCUUAAGAACUCUUCUGGAUUGUCGGAUGAAUGUAGACCUUACAUACUUCAUUUGAUGGAAACGUGCGAAAGUUUACGAGCUGAACUUGAUGAGAAUGAAAAUGUCAAAAAUGACGAUAGCGCUUCUGCGUAUGUAAAAGCUUUUGCUCUUCAAACGCUUGUACGUGCUGAACGAAACACCAAAGCCGGAAAACCAGACGUCUCAAUAUACCUUGCAGCAAAGGACUUCAUUUCCUUAAAUGAAGUCUGGGGCCCUCUUGAUGAACAGCUUCAAAAGUCGUUAAAACUGUGCAAAGUGCGGAUACUGCAGUUAGUCAAAGGAAAAACAGCUGCAGUGAGGGAUGACACAGAUAAUGUUAAAGCCUUACAACCCACUGAGCACAAGGAUGCAUCCGUUCAACUUAAUGAGGAAGAUACCCAAAGAUCGACGACAAAUGGAGCACCCCAUUUCAAUACAUCGCGCCCAUCAUCGGAAAGGGACAGGAUAAGUCCAACUGCGGAUCUGCCUGAAGCGGGUGAAAAACCCGCCAACUUGGAAUCUUCACAUCAGCCUAGUGAAACAACAUCAUCUUCACCAAUUCAUUCCGUUCCUGCUGCAGUAUCACAUCCUGUCGCUCACGUUGCAUCGACCACACCUACGAAUACGGAGAAUACUCGUCAUAAAGUGAGUUUGGCCAUGACUGAGCGUAUAGAUCAAGCUCGUCGUCAUUCCAAAUUCGCGUACAGCGCUCUCGACUACGACGAUAUUGAAACUGCUAUAUCGCACCUUCGCUCGGCGCUUUCUCUCCUUGAGGAGCAACAACCUGACACCAAUUGAAGCAGACGGCAACCAUGCUGAACAAAUAUCACUUCCACAGCCAUCGCGUGUAGCGGCUGAGUCGAUACAUACUCGAUUCUCGCUUAUGUUUUCACCGAUUCAGUUACCAAUUUUCCCUCAAACAAAUUCGCCUUAUGCAAGCCUUUUAGCCAAACCAUACCCCGCGUUCUCUGGUGCCCAUGUGCUCCUCUUUUCUUCUAAUAGUGCGCCGCUUCUCCGCGUUUCAGUGUGAGCCUUCUCACAAAUACGUCGGCCAGACUUUGUUAAUCCCCCGCCCUUCUCAUUGAGCCGCAACGCAUACCAGCAAUCCGCAGCAAACCAGUUCGUCAGCUUGGACUUCCCCUCUGUUCCAUACGAUUAUACUCGGUAUACUCCACCCUUGUUGUCUUCACCCCUGUCACUUCCCUAACACCCGCGUCAGGACUCCGCACAUCCUAAACAUGUUGCAACCGAUCCCCGCUUUCCUUCAACGGUCCGUGAUGCUUUCGUGACAUAAUGUCGCUACUGUACACAGUUAAAAGGGCACUGGGCGGACGCUCUGUUCAUCAG